CGUGAGGAAUACUCGAAGAUGAGUCUAGAAUAGGCGAGUAAUCGAUGAUGACCGAUCCAGAGCAAAUCCGGGAUGCGUUCAACUCCGCCAGCGGGUUCUUGAACUCGGUUCUCAAUAGAGAUGAGAUUCAAAGAUCACAAGGACAAUCCCUUGUGGAAAUACUGAGUCGAGGUUUGGAUCCUUCGCCAGCCAGCGAUAAGACUGCCAGAGCUGCCGUCGUUGGCAAGGCGUUGGAUCUACUGAGUGAAAUUCAUAAUGCGUUUGUCACACCAGUAAACUAUCAGGAACUCUCUCAGCAACCUGAAGUCAAGGUCGAGAAUCCCGCUCUCGAAGAUGCAAAACGCCGUCAGAUGAUCCAUGCAUUGCUGGACCUGAUAUCUUUGGAGGGAAUUUACCCUUCCCUCUCGUCCGGUGUGGGCAUUCCUUUGCAGCAAAGAGUGAUCUCGGUGCUCCCAGCUGGCGUCAUUGCAAAACAGACUUCGGUGCCUGCAAGUAGCAUACCCCAUGACGAAGCUCUUCUUAAACAGAUCAUGAACGUGCUUCUUAGCAUCACUCUGGAUGACAAAGAUAGCAUCCAGCCAAUCAUUCGAGGUCGCAUUCUGAGUGAUAUUAUCAGCGGGGCAGCCGAUCUCGCAUUUAAUCCCAAUGUUAUCGGUUCGGAGACAAAGAUCUAUUAUCAAAAGGGUUUCCUGAAGAUCAUUGAUGAUACUCCAAGCUCGGUCCUCCUGCCCACGCUCUCUGCCUUCCUCCAGGUAGAGACUGCAGCAUGGUUUAAAUCUACCAUAUCAAAGCCAAUCGCUCAUGUACCACUUCGACCAGGUGGUGUCUUGCAUACUAUCAUGUUCAUCGCGUCACAAGUUGCCCCAACCCUUGGGCAGGAAGCGCAAAGUGAGCCAUCUAUCGGUCCUCAUUUCACAGUGCAGGGCAUGAUGCAAAUUUCAAGGCUACUCUCAUCGGUCCCCCAGCAUGUUGAGCCAACUACAUACUUCAAUGCUAUUGGUCCUCAGCUCUUAGAGCUGCUUGAUGGAGAUGACCCGGACUUGAAGAGGACUGCCUCCUACGUCAUUGGGAAUGGCAUUCUAGGCAAGCGUGCGUAUGGUGCUCCAGGGACCAUUGGUCACUCUAUAUUUAUUGAGCCAGUCUUUGCAGCACUGACUGCUGAGCUUAAUGAUUCCUCGAUGCGCUGGUUGGCGAAUCCAUUCCGGGGCGAAGGUUCGGUUCCUUUCAAGCCUGGCAAACGAGCCUCACUCCAUGUUCUCGUUGAAGGUGACCUUGUUGAUCUCGCACUUCAAAGAUUGAAAAGCCUCACAUUGCAGCAUCCAAACCCGGGACUUGUAAAGAGGAUCGUGUAUCCCAUUCUGCUCCCACUUUGGGGCCUUGCUUGUUACUCUCAACAGGCGAAUUUAACGGACACACACGAUAAAGUCAUGGCCCUUCUACAGACAUACUUUAGCAUAUCAGUCGGUGUCCAGCCACUAAAGAAACUGGUCGAUAACCUGCUCUGGGAUGGCGGGUUGACGUGGACAUUUACCAAAUCUUCCCAAGGGCGAGUAGCCUUGGGAAAGCGAACAGGUUCCGAGGGCAACCAAUCCGAUAUCAUUCGAUUGAUGGAUUCUUUACAGACCCGAGUGGAUCUUUUCGUUAGCCUUCUCGGCUCGGACCCGAGUACCGAGGAGAGGACUGGUGAUAUUUUCCUGCAUGUCAGCCAGUCGUGGCUGGUGCCGUCUCGUGAUGCCACAGGCGCCAAUGCAUCAGUCAAAGUCGACAGAAUCGGCGAUUCUAAAAACAUCAUGCAGAAGCUCGUCUGCGCAAAGGUGGCAGAGAAGCUGCUUGACAAUUUCAAGGACACUUUGUCGCGACGUCCUUUACGGGUAUUGGAACUGAUCAAGCAAGUCAUUGAUGGAGAGUUGCAUACGUUGAGCGGUAAAGAGACAACAACUCGAUCACAAAAGGCUGGCAAAGUCUCAUUAUCGUCACUCGCAAACAUUGUGCCAGAGGAGAGCCACGGCCAAGACGACGUAUCCGAUCAAGAUACCUCCGAUUCAUUGUCGACUGCUUUCAGCUUGUUGUCAACGGUUCUUGCAUCUCCUGAGUUCGCUUUAUCACAAGAAACGAAGACCCUCCUCGAGGCAAUCAAGGAUCACCUAGAUCAGCUUAUCCCACUCCUUCCGAGCGCACUAUCAAAACCGGCUACCACGUCAUCAAUGCUGUUGGAGAUUCAACUUACAUCCCCAGAGCACGACGAUACAAAGCCAACUCCUUCACACAUCACAGACCUCGAAACCCAUCGUCAAGCACUCGCAAAUCUCAACUCGGAGCUGCCCCCAGUCCAAGCGGAAGGAUUCUCACUGCUAUCGAAUUUGAUUAUGAAAUCUUCGCCAGUACUAGAUAUCCCAUCAACCCUGACUCUCCUUCUGUCUAUCAUCACCGACAUCUCUGAGGCAACUGCAAAUGACGAAUUCAUCUAUCUCAAUGCCAUCAAACUCAUCGGCACGCUUGCUUCUCGCCACCCACGAACCGUCGUCAACACCCUGGUAGACAACUACACCGACAAGAGCGAACAAAGAACUCUAGACCAGCGCCUGAAAAUCGGCGAAUCACUUCUUCGAACAGCACAAGACCUCGGUGAAGCAUUGAGCGGGGAAACAGCCAAAAUUCUCGGCGAAGGUAUCAUCGCCGUCGCCGGACGCCGGGGCCACAAACCACAAACCCAACAGGCACGCCAACAGCAAGAAGAAAAAGAACGACGACAAAAAGAGCGUGAGGAGCGGAAACACAAGGAAUCGGGCUUGCCAAAUCUCGCCGAUCUCAUGGACUCCGACUCGGAGACAGAAACGCCCGAACAGAACGCCCAUGCUGCCGCUAUCGUCGCCGCAUGGGGCGCUGGCGCGUCUGCGGACGAACAACCCGAAGACCUCCGCAUACGCGCCUCUGCGCUUUCUAUUCUCGCAUCAGCGGUACAAACCAACAUCCUCGGUCUCGGACCUGCAAUCGUCUCUUCGUCGGUAGAUUUAGCCCUAGCAACGCUAACGCUAGAACCAGCGCCCGAAAGCGCGAUCCUGCGGCGUGCUAGCGUGGUUCUUAUCCUAGACAUCCUGAAGGCUCUUGACACGGCGCGGGAAUCUCGGAAUGGCCAAGAUAUUGGAUUCGGCUUCUCUCUCACAGACGAUGGGAUGCUUCCAGGUCCACGAGGUAGUCCUGCGCGUGGUCCAUCAACGGUGGGCAAUAUCCCGAGUAUGCUGAGCACGCUUGGAUUCGUCGAGAGUGUGGAGACUGAUGGGAUUGUUCGGGGACAUUUGCGUGUAUUGAUUGAGAGUCUGGAGGCUUGGAUGGAGAAGUCGUUGAUGUGGGGAAUCGGUGCUCAGGAUGGUGGGGAACCGAGACUGGAGCUUGGGGAUCGCAUUGCUGGCUUGAGUGUUGAUCCGUUGGCUGGAAGGGGCUCUGGGAAACCGCGCAUUGAAGAGAUUGAGUAGGAAUACACUGGUUGACACAUUCUAUUCUAGUCUAUCUAGUCUAUUUAUUCUGUCCAUUCUUCCCUCCGUCCUGUCCCUCCGACCUUGUAUAAGCUAUAGUCCUAGUCAUUCAAAGAAGGGAGUUUCCUUGCAUAAAAUGUCAUUCAUUACUGGCACCAAGACCAGACCAAUCAAAACUAGAUACAUUUUCUCACAAUGAGACACAUCCAUUAACUCAGCCUCUUCCGCCGAGGUCGUCUCAAAUCCUUGCAGGGAUGAAAGAACCAUCCCAGAUCCAGCCUAAGGCGAACGCGGGGGAACAAGAUGGUCAACGAUCCACGUUAAGAGGUUGACUCAAACAAGGUAGACAUAUGGAAAAGAUCAUUGAGAACGCCGUACUGAGGAACACGACCGUAGGGACGAAUAAGAACAGCCGAAAACACCUAAUGCAAUGCGCCGAACACCGAUUUCCAGGUCUAGCCGACAUGGGGAUUACCGCAGACUCUUGAGGAUGGCAUCUCCAUCACCAGGAAGAGUGAAAACCACCACCUCUGGCACCACCACGUCCCAUGCCACGGCCAGGGCCUCGGCGGCCGCCACCACCCCGAAAACUUCCACGACCACGCCCACCACGGCCACGGCCACCAUGUCCAGAAACCGUGGGACGAGGUCCAGCGUUCAUCCGAGCCUCUUGCUCGCUUUCAGUAAGCUCAAAUUUGUUGGGAAUGUCCAGCAGUUUGCAGAACUCAGCAGUCUGGGAGUUUGUAUACUCCUUUGGCUGCUCCGAAGUGGUCAGGGGGACUUCAGGGUCAAAGUUAGGGGCGGUUGGUUGGAAGUUGUAGGGAACCAGCAUCCGCUUUUCCUUGACAAGAUGCUCCUCAACCCACUCUUCCUCUUCGAUGAUACGUGCACGGUAGUAUUCCUCGCCCUUGUUGGCUGGGACCUGAGCAGUUGCAUCACCUAAAACGAGAUCAUUCGCAAAUACUCGGGUAAUCGCCAACCAUUCCUUAUCGUACUCCAGACGGAAGCUUGCGGGGGAAGCCUGAGCACCGGUCGAUUUGAUGGGAUUGAUCUUCACGAGAUGCAAAAAGUCAUCCCUGUUAUGCGGCUUGUCCAGCGCGAGGAAUCGAGUGAGCUUGUUGGUGAUGUCGGCUGGGACGAGCUUCUUUUGGAUCGGCUCGACCGUGGAAGUAACAGGGCGGGCAAAGCUGGCGGGGAGCUUGCUACGUAGGCCUUCAGUGACUGCGCGGUCUACCAGAGGCUCUUCGGAGGCAGUGGCGUUAUGCUUGGAUCCGUCGGAAGCAGGAAUAUUGAUCUUCGGUGCUUUGGUAGGAGACGGGUUUCCAGAACCAGACUCGUCGGAUUCGCUGCUUAAAUCCAAGUCGAUCUCAUCCUGGUUUAUACCAGAAGUGAACGGAUCGAUAGUGACUUCGUUUGAUCGCUCCUUAGAUUCUGCCUCGCGUUCCUUAUGCAGCUGAGCCGUCUCAAUGGAGUCCUGCUCCAUAAUACGACACUCUUGCUGCUCAGCCUCUACGGAGCCACCUUCGGCGGAGUCGUUCCCAACUUGCAGGUUUUCCUGAGCGGUAGCGGAAGCUGGGCGCAAUGUGUCAAUUACCAUUGGAGUCGGCUCCAGGUUUGAAGUGGCGUGAUCAGAUGAAGCGGCAACAGGGGAAGGUGAGGGGGAUUUGACUGAAGACGGGGCCAUGGUUUUGGAGGCGGCCUUGGGAGAGACAGCGGGGACAUGAGCCUCAACAGCCCAGACAGAAGGCUGAUCAGCAGGGAAGGGUAUCUUCGCAAGGCUAGCACCAUCAUGAGCUACGGCAGCAGCGAACUUGACAUGGAGGUGAGCGGAGAACCAGUAUGCCGGGCGAAGACGAUCCAGAACAUCACGAGCCGCUGCAUUACCGAGGCGACCGUGUUCAGAGUCCUCCCUGAAGCCACGCUUCUUCCGGAACAGUUCUUGAUGGUCGCCGGAAUACUCGAUGCCCCGUGGCCAGUCAUGAGAAAGGCCAAUGUCGACUUGAGUUCGGACCUGCAGUAGCUUGCGAACAUCCAGCUCCCGAAUGUGGUACACGCUGUGCAAAUCAUCCGAAUUGUACGGGAGUCUUUCGAAAUGAGGUUUGCGGAAAUCAUACCCCUUCCAGAUACCCGACAUAGCGGAAAUUCUCAGCGGACCAAAGCGGACAACGUUGGCGGCACCAAGAUAGUAGAUGUUCGGAGCUGCCCACCCACCGUAGUACAGCUCGAACAUGUAGUUGCUUGCCUCGUGGUUGCCCCCACAAAAGAUGGUGAGGUACGGGGCGACCGCCUCGCCACUGUAGUACUUGUAGAAGUCGCCCAUGGACUUCCACUUGGCAGGUACGGAGAUGCAUGCGGCAUCAUUG